UGGGGGGUCAGCCUGUCAGUGCUCAGACAAUGCGCAGCACACUGCAUCAAAUUGGUCUGCAUGGCUGUCGUCCCAGAAGGAAGCCUCUUCUAAAGAUGAUGCACAAGAAAGCCCACAAACAGUUUGCUGAAGACUAAGGACAUGGAUAAACUUAUUUGGUUCAGAUGGUGUCAAGCGUGUGUGGUGGCAAUCAGAUGGUGAGUACGAAGACAAGUGUGUCUUGCCUACAGUCAAACAUGGUGGCUUCCCUGAAUAGUGACACAUGGUGGUGGAAGCACUUUGGU